AUGAGUUGGCUGAAGGCGAUAGAGAAGGUGUGCGCUCGGGUCGCAGUGGGCCCCGCCGCACAGACUUCUCUCGUUUCAAGCAUCGCUGUGGCCGGCCGCCUUGUGCCAGCGGUGAAUAGGGACGGAUGGCAACAGAAACAACAAGAAAAAGAUGAAGAACACACACCGGCGACAAGGGAGGUAGAACCGUCAACGGCUGCGCUUCAUGGCGUCAGCGACACGUGGAGUAGUGCCCUGGCGGUCAUUAAGUUCUCUCAAUCCGGCCCGCAACGUGACAUUGCGUGGCAGAUGCACCAACUUCCACUCCCCCUUGCGGCGCAGUGUGUGGCAAUUCUGUUUGAGGCCGGACAAUUUGCAAUGGGAGUGGAAUUGAUGCACUCAUGGCAGCAUCCGGAGGCAAGGACAACAAUCCGCGCAAAGUCACGGGCAACGAAUUGGAUGCGUAGGACAAUAAAGACAUUAGGCGUCAUUGGGGACGUGGAGACGUUACGAACUGUUGUGUCGGUACUCCAUCAAUCGUUGAUGGAACAAAAACAUCGGCUGCAGCGACAACCCGGUCCUCACACAAAUGCGUCUUCUUCUGAGCCGUCGGUGGGUGUGACUAGCGAGGAUAGUUAUCCGUUUCUCUCAGCGCUUGGCAUGCAACGAACACGGCUGUUACUUGUAAAGGCCGUGCAUGAACUUUCCAUGCAAGAUGAAGGUGUCGUCCCGGUCUACGAGAAGCUCAGUUGGAUCAAUGCAACGGCACUGGCAACCAGGCCGCAAGGCGCACAAUCCCCGUGUCUCAUCCCAUUUAUUCUACAAGAAGACUUUGUUAAUGUCAUUGAGCCGAGCCCCUCCUACGACGAGAAUCUUUUGCAGCAGAUUGGUCCGGCCUUCCUCAGUGGAUUUGUUCAUCCCACACAGUGUGGUCCUGCAGAAAUUCUUUCCAUGCCACGAAAUGAGAUUCGGUGUCUUUACAAGAAGGGGAUUGGCCCGUCAGGGAAGCUUUGGACCGAAGUGAAGGACCUCGUGCUGCCCGACUCCCACAUUCUACAGCAGGCUUUUCAGGCGGCAACUCUGGUAGACGCUCUAUUUGGCCCUGUAGAACACAUCUUACCGAGGCAUAGGCGGGGUAAAAAACGUACUUCAGAAUUGACGAAAAAUCAGAGCCAGUUGCGGAGUUUUUUCAUCUCACAACUUCGCUCAUCGCGGUCUCUGUCGCGGAGAAGGUGGAGUUGUGCGCUACUGCGAUAUCCGCGUCUUUUGCAGCGAUUAAAUUUGUCGCCACUGAUGGUUUUUUGCGAGUUGGCGCUGACGUUUUGUAGUUUUAAAGUACAUGUUCCUUUUGUUCGCUGUUGCAUGCCUUUGCUGCGACGGCUGCGACGAAUGGGCCAUGACGAGAAGGCUGCACGGUUGGUAUGGAACCAUCUUUCUGUUGACAGCCCUGUCCUUGCCUUGUUGUUUAAGGAAAAUCCGUGGGCUCUGGAAGAUGCGGUCACCGUCAUUUGUCGCACGAUGCGCACGGGUGUGGGAAUGCGCAGAGAGGCGUGGAUGGGCCAUCGAUCACUUGCCGUACUGCGUGUGGCCGCCGCCUCUGGGCUAUUGACGCCUGCACACUGCAUUCCUACUUGUGCUGCCGCCCUUGACUGUGGCGUACACUUUGCCACCGUUCAGCAACUUGUGGAAGAGGUGUUCGGCCAUGAUGGCGACACGACACAGUGGGUCCUGAACAUGGUGCGACUGACCACCGAGAGUCACACGACGCGUCUUCUUGUGCCUUUGGAGUCCCCGUCUCACUCGACUCGAAUGCGCAGCCUUUUGCGAAGACAUGCGUAUGAGUCGAAUGCGAUCUGCUCACCGCCAUCGGUGGAACUAUGUGUGCCGUCCCGUAGUAAAAUUCUUGCACUCUGGACGUUGGUAAAUGACGAGUUCACGAGUAUUUCUUUGUGUCGAUUGAUAUGUCGUCUCUUUUUAGAUGAGGGAUCUCUAAUGGAGUCGAAUAACAUAAGUGAAGCAACGCAUUUAGGUUUACAAGGGCUCAAUAACUUUUUUUGUGAGGAGGUGCUUGCAUCCAUCGCAGCCAAUUGCACAACAGAGAGGAGUUAUGUGAUAUUUAUGGAUGCAAUUCUUUCACGGCGUCGCCUGCGGGAUGCUCAAAGGUGUAAGCAACUUUUGUUGAGUGAGAUGGACGAUGAAUGCGGACAUGUCGUAUUGCCCAGUCUUGCCAUUGAGAAAGUGAGCAUUCCCUCAGGGGCCUGCUAG